AUGGCUAAACCUGCAGAAGGCGCAAAGAAAGAACGUCGCCGCGUUGGCCGUGGUAUUGGUUCAGGUUUUGGUAAAACAGCUGGUCGUGGCCAUAAAGGUCAAAAAUCACGUACUGGUGGUUUUCAUAAAGUAGGUUUUGAAGGCGGUCAAAUGCCUAUUCAACGCCGUUUGCCUAAACGUGGAUUUAAAUCAAUGACUAAGGCUGACACUGCGCAUGUGCGCACAAGUGAGUUGGCAUUAGUGCCAAAUGAAGUCAUCGACUUGUUAGCUUUAAAAGCUGCAAACAUUGUUUCUGUAUAUAGAUUGGGCGCACACAUACCAGUACCUGGAAUUGACCCAGUUGCACUUGCCAGCUUAUUUGCUCAGCAAAAAGAUGGUAUUUUAGGUAUGUUCAAUAUGUUCUCAGGCGGUGCGCUUGAGCGCUUUACUGUGUUUGCAUUAGGAAUUAUGCCUUAUAUUUCUGCAUCAAUUAUUAUGCAAUUGAUGUCAGCGGUUUCACCUAAGCUGGAACAGUUGAAAAAAGAAGGUGAGGCGGGACGUCGCACUAUUACAAAAUACACUCGCUAUGGUACGGUGGUGUUAGCAACAUUUCAGGCAUUGGGUAUAGCAGUCAUGCUUGAAGGGCAGCCAAAUUUAGUGAUUGACCCAGGCUUUGUUUUUAGAUUUACGGCGGUCAUCACGUUGGUGAGCGGCACAAUGUUUUUAAUGUGGUUGGGUGAGCAAAUUACUGAGCGGGGUAUUGGUAAUGGUAUUUCUAUCAUCAUUUUCGCAGGGAUUGUUGCUGGGCUACCGAAUGCGUUAGGUUUAACUGCAGAAAUGGUAAAUAGCAAUACGUUAAGUAUUCCGCUAGCUUUUUUCUUGUUAUUGGCAGUAAUUCUUGUGACUGCGCUAGUUGUUUUCGUAGAAAGAGGGCAGCGCAAAAUUACGGUUAAUUAUGCAAAAAGACAAGUUGGAAAUAAGGUAUAUGGUGGCCAAACUACGCACCUGCCACUGAAGUUAAACAUGGCGGGCGUGAUUCCACCAAUUUUUGCUUCUAGUAUAAUUUUAUUUCCUGCGACGUUGGCGGGCUGGUUUGGUAGUAAAGAUAGCAUGUCGUGGUUGGUAACGGUAAAAGAUAAAUUGUCACCUGGCGAACCUAUCUACAUAUUUAUGUUUGCUGCUGCUAUCGUGUUUUUCUGUUUCUUUUAUACAGCAUUACAGUUUAACCCUAAAGAAACAGCUGAUAAUUUGAAAAAAAGUGGUGCUUUUAUUCCUGGCAUUAGACCUGGUGAGCAAACGGCAAAAUAUAUUGAUGGCAUUAUGGGACGCUUGACAUUGGUAGGUGCGGCCUACAUCACAGUUCGUGCAUCAGUAAAAGCAUUGUGCCGUAAUUGUAAGGUUGUGCGUCGUCGUGGCGUUGUGCGUAUUAUCUGCACAGACCCACGUCAUAAGCAACGUCAAGCUUCACUCGGGAGUAAUUGUAUGGCGCGUAUCGCUGGGGUAAAUAUCCCAAAUAAUAAACAUGCUGAGAUAGCACUGACUGCGAUUUAUGGCAUUGGCCGUAACACUGCGCAGAAAAUUUGUGCUGCCGCUGGCGUAUUACCAUCUGUAAAAAUGAAAGAUCUCAAUGAUGCAGAUGUAGACAAAUUGCGUGAUGAAGUGGCAAAAGAAAAAGUAGAGGGUGAUUUACGCCGUGAAGUUUCUAUGAAUAUCAAACGCUUGAUGGACUUGGGUUGCUAUCGUGGCGUGCGUCAUCGCCGUGGUUUGCCAGUACGUGGUCAACGCACAAAAACAAAUGCUCGUACUCGAAAAUGCAACAUGGCAAAAGCUAAUGUACGCGUAAGAAAGAAAGUUAAAAAGAACAUUGCAGAAGGGAUUGCUCACGUGCAUGCGUCUUUUAACAACACAAUUAUCACGAUUACUGACCGUCAAGGCAAUGCUUUGUCAUGGGCAACUUCAGGUGGGCAGGGUUUUAAAGGUUCACGUAAAAGUACACCUUUUGCAGCGCAGGUUGCUGCUGAAGUUGCUGGUAAAUCAGCACAAGAAAAUGGUGUAAAGAAUUUAGAAGUGCGUAUCAAAGGCCCAGGUCCUGGUCGUGAGUCAGCCGUUCGCGCCUUAAACGCAGCUGGUUUUAAAAUUACCAGCAUUACCGAUGUGACACCUGUGCCACAUAACGAUCCUAAAUGCCGUCAGUGCCGCCGCGAGGGCGAAAAGCUGUUUUUAAAGGCUGAAAAAUGCUUUACUGACAAGUGUGCGAUUGAGAAACGUAACUUUCCUCCUGGUCAACACGGUCAGCGUCGUAACCAGCGCUUGUCUGAUUAUGGCGUGCAAUUACGUGAAAAACAAAAAGUGCGUCGUAUUUACGGUGUGUUAGAAGCACAGUUCCGUAGUUAUUACGCAGAAGCAGAUCGUCAAAAAGGCAUUACUGGCGAGAAUUUACUUCAGCUUUUAGAGUGCCGUUUAGAUAACGUUGCAUAUCGUAUGGGUCUUGGUGGGUCGCGCACUGAAGCGCGCCAAAUUGUGCGUCACAAUAGCAUUUUGGUAAAUGGCAAACGUGUCAACAUUCCUUCAUACCAAGUGAAAGCGGGCGAUGUGGUUAGUGUAGCAGAAGCAUCAAAAGAACAAUUGCGUAUUAAGGGUGCGUUAGACGCAGCUGCGCAACGUGGUUUUCCAGAGUGGAUUGAAAUGGAUGUUAAGGCACUUAAAGGCACAUUUAAGGCUAAACCACAGCGUGAUGAAUUACCACCAACUAUCAAUGAAUCAUUGGUUGUUGAGCUGUACUCAAAAUAA